CGGCGCGCCACCGAGCAGCCGCGGGGCCGCGGGGACGCGAAGCCCGGGCCUGAUCCGCGCUCUGACGAGGGGGCGCGAGGGAGAGAGAGAGAGAGAGAGAGAGAGAGAGGGAGAGACCCCGCUGUGGGGAGAUGCCUGCGAAGGAGACCCCGCGGCGCGAGGGCGCCAGCACCCCGAGAAUGAAAAAUAUGAUCUACCAUGCGUUUUCUCAUCAAGAGGCAAAAGAGUUGGAUGUUAAGCACUCGGGAACCAAGCGGGCAGAAGCCUUUGUGAGGGCCUUCCUGAAGCGCAGCAUGCCUCACAUGAGCCAGCAAGCCUGUGAAGAUCAUUUGCAACGAAAGGCUGUGGUUCUGGAAUACUUCACUCGCCGGAAAAAAAAAGAGAAGAGAAAGAAAUCCAAAGGUCUUUCUGCCAGGCAGAGACGGGAAAUGCGGCUCUUUGACAUUAAACCAGAACAGCAGAGGUAUAGUCUUUUCCUCCCUUUACAUGAACUCUGGAAACAGUACAUUCGGGAUCUGUGCAAUGGGCUCAAACCAGACACGCAGCCUCAGAUGAUUCAGGCCAAACUGUUAAAGGGAGAUCUUCAUGGCGCUAUCAUUUCAGUCGCAAAAUCCAAAUGCCCUUCCUAUGUGGGUGUUACAGGAAUCCUUCUACAGGAAACAAAGCAUGUUUUCAAAAUCAUCACCAAAGAAGACCAACUGAAAGUUAUCCCCAAGCAGAACUGUGUGUUCACUGUGGAAAUAGAUGGCUUCCUUUCCUAUAUUUAUGGGAGCAAAUUCCAGCUUCGGUCAAGUGAACGGUCUGCAAAGAAGUUCAAAGCAAAGGGAACGAUAGACCUGUGAGCUUUCGCUGCCCAGGACAUGUGUUUGUGACCUCCCAGAACUGGAAACUCCCUUAUUACUGAACUUCCAGAGAAGAACUAGGGAACCCAGUUCGGGAUACAGAACCUCUGGCCAGUUGUAGUCAGAGUUCAGGACGUUUUACCAUCUGGAAGAAACCAAGUGAAGAGCAAAGAAGCCAGCAGGGAAAGGAGGUGUGCAUCCAGCUGACCUGCAUGCGUGCUCCUACAUGGGAGGAAAAUGCCAGCAUUAGCAAACUGGCUCACUGAAAUAGUGAGAUGAGGUUUUAGUGCCAGCAGGUUUUUUUUUUCUCUUUGAUACUUUUCUCUGUUUUCUGAAUGUUCUAUGAUGAGUCAGUUGUUUAUAACAUAAAAUAAAUGGUUAGGCUUAAACAGCUCCACAAAAAGGUUUCCACCAUACAGCAGCUGGGUGGUGGGGAAGAAGAGCCCCAACUGUGCUUCUGCUCUCUGCGGGCACCUGGCAGUGACGUUACAGCGGGUACCUGGGCCACAGCGCAUCUGACUCAUGACUUAAUCGGUUGAACUUUAUUUAUUUAUGUAUUUAUUUAUUCAUUUUUUUUCUUUUUGGGUCACACCUGGCGAUGCUCAGGCAUUACUCCUGAUUUUGCACUCAGAAAUUACUCCUGGUGGUGCUCAGGGGACCAUAUGGGAUGCUGGGAUUAGAACCCGGGUCAGUUACGUGCAAGGCAAAUGCCCUACCCGCUAUGCUAUCGCUGCAGCCCCUAAUCAGUUGAACUUUAACUCAAUGAACUCUGUAACCCAGCUAAGGGUGGCCUCCUGUUUCAAGAAGGCUGAAGAAGGGUGAAAGGUAAUGUAGCCGCGGCAUGUAGGGCUCAUUUGUCCAAGACCUGGAACUGGAAUGACCCAUGCAGGGAGCUGGCCUCUCAUUACUCUUGCUCCUGAGGAAGACUGGUAUUCUUCCAAGGUCUUGCCUACUAAGAAAGCGAAGUCUCUAACAGUAAACUUAGCUGACCCCUUGGAUCUAUUUUUGCUGCUGAGAAGCUUCUCUUUUUGAUCUGCCCCUGACCAGCCUCCAGCAUCUGGUAUGCGGAAAGCCCUAUGAAUCGGGAUGACCCAUUUCUCCUUUCCUUGGAGCAGGUAGUCGCCAAGUAACAGAGUAUUCCUGGUAACACACUGGCAGCACAGUGCCAGAGGCCUUAUGUUCUCAGUAUUCCCUGUUCAGUUUCCUCCCUAAAAGAAAAUUCCAGUGGGGCGAAGGGGAGGACUCACACCGAUUCUACAACUGGAGAGCAGAUACCUAGCUCUGCCACUGUACCUCCCAAAGAUUCAGCAUCAUCAAAUUUGCCUGUGGGGUCUGUUGCUCUCCAGAAUCAGAAUAUCCUUCAGUUUGGCUGCUUCCCUCAGUCUGUCUCUCCCUGCCUAUAGUGCCAAACUCAGUCCUAGCACUGUUUUAGACCUCCUGGCCCCUAACUCAGCCAUAGGGUAUGACCAUCCUUAUUUUGCCAUGAGGAGACUGAAACUCCCUGUCCUCACUUGUCCCGGACUUCAGCCUAAGAGGGAUGGAGCUAGUUUUUGAACCUGAGUCUGACUCCAGCACUCUGCUUUUUACUACAGAGCUGAAAAGACACUGUUCUGAAGUGCACAAUGUGUCCCUUUAUUACCCGAGGUCCCUCUUGUUUUCAGCAUGAAAUAGCUGCUGUUCUUCCAACCAUCUGCAAGUACCACAUUGGUAACCACACAGAUGCUAUAAUUCCAACCAUGCUAUCCUUGCCCACCCUUAUACGAAGCAGAAGACCAACUAUGUGUAAAUGUACAGUUGCUUUCCAGCAAAGUUGUUGGUAUCACUUGCCAUAUGAAAUCUGUUUUUUAUUUGG